GGCGCAGUUAACAAGGAAGUAGAGGAAAUAUCACGUUGAAGCUGAGCCGGUUGCCUUUCAUAGUCAAACAAGUACAUUAAAAUGUGUGAUUAUUAAAUGUAGUUUUGCGCAAAUGGCUUGUUUCUUUAGAAGAAGCAUUGCUGCAAAGCUGGCAAGGACAUUGCAUCAACCAGAAGAUGUCUUCAUUCCAGCCCUUCAUGCUGCUCCCGUUUCAAAGAAACGUCAAUCUCCUGAUUUCAGAGUGCCGGUCAGUACGCUCCGGAUGAAAGGCAUCCUACCGUCACACGGAGAUGCGCAGUUGCAGGCAGAAGCGCUGGCCAAUGAGUUGAAUAAGGACAAUGUAGUGGAAGAAAUAUCGACAGGACCUGGUGGGAUGAUCACCUUCAAAGUCCACCGUAAACUUCUGGUGGAGAAAAUGUUGGAGCCCUUUGGAGAAGAGGAUGCAAAGUUCGGCUUUAAUAGUGAACUUUUCAAUACUGUCAAGAAAGGAAAAACGCUGGUGGAAUUUAGUUCUCCAAAUAUUGCAAAGAAAUUUCAUGCUGGACACUUGCGGUCAACUAUCAUAGGUAACUUCAUCGCCAACCUCAAGGAGUCUCUUGGGAACCAUGUUAUUCGAAUGAACUACCUUGGAGACUGGGGCAUGCAGUUUGGUCUGCUUGGGGCUGGCUUUGAACAAUUUGGAAGCCAAGAAAAAUUGAAUGUGAAUCCCUUGCAACAUCUAUUUGAUGUCUAUGUUCAAGCAAACAAAGAAGCAGAGGACGAUAAGGAAAUCCAGCUGGCCGCCAGAGAAUUCUUUCAGAAGUUGGAGCAGCAUGACAGCCAGGCCAUGUCACUAUGGCAACAAUUCAGGGAAAUUACAGUGAAGGAGUACCAGCAGGUUUACAAGCGGUUGGGCGUCCCCUUCGACGUCUACUCCGGGGAGUCCUUCCACCAGGAGCAGGCCCGGGAGGUGGUGCAGCUGCUCCAGACCCGCGGCCUGCUGAAGACCACAGAGAGGGGAACUAGUGUGGUUGACGUCUCCGCAGAGGGUGACAUGUCCAGCUGCUCUACCGUGUUACGUAGUGACGGCACCUCGCUCUACAUCACCAGAGAUAUUGCUGCAGCUAUAGACCGCAAGGAAAAGUUCAAUUUUGAUGAGAUGAUUUAUGUGACAGACAAAAGCCAACAGAAUCACUUUCUGCAUUUGUUCCACAUCCUACGCCUCAUGGGACAUCCUUGGGCUGAGAGCUGUCGGCACGUGUCCUUCGGCCUGGUCCAGGGCAUGAGCACCAGGAGAGGAGAGGUGGUGUUUCUGGAGGACGUCCUUGACGAGGCUCGCGCCCGGAUGCUCCACAACAUGCAGCAGGCAACGACCACCAAGGAAAUGGCCGACCCUGGGGACACGGCGGAGAAGGUUGGGAUGAGCGCCCUCAUAGUUCAAGACUUUAGAGGCCCGCUGGAGGCAGACUACAGGUUUGACUGGGACCGAAUUCUCCAGGCCCAGGGAGACACCGGAGUCUUCCUGCAGUACACACACGCACGCCUACGAAGUUUGAUACGGACUAAUAGCACUAUGGCAGCCAAGGAAAUUGAUCCUUCGCUCCUAUUGGAGCACAGAAGCAUUGCUAUCCUGCAGCAUCUUCUCCGUUUUGAUGAGGUGUUAUACCAGUCUAAUCGAGACCUGCAACCCAGACACCUUGUCACCUUCCUAACCAAGCUCAGUCACCUGGUGGCCUCUGCCCUCAGGGAGCUGCCAGUCAAAGGAAGCCCUGACGACGUGGCUCAGGCCCGGUUAAGACUGUUCAGCGGUGCCUGCUCAGUCCUAGCCAGUGGAAUGAGGAUCCUGGGCAUUAAGCCUGUGGAGAAAAUGUGAAUCUAUUCAGACUGAACCUUCAAAGAUAAUUGUAAAUAAAAAUUUUACAUUC